UAUACAGAGAGGAACUGAUGUAUAUGAAGAAACCACAGGAAAGAGACAGAAAUUUGGAGUUCAGAGUGGAAGGGAGAGAAAGUUGUAAAGGAGAUGCAAAGUGGAGGUUGGAGGAGGGCUAAGGCAGCACAACGGAGAACUAUUUGGAAGGUGGAUUCAGAAAGAAGAAGGAGAGGGGUACACUAAUAUAAUAAAAGGGACAUCCCCAUCAUUGGCUUAUCAUGGAUAGCUCUGAGGGUCGGAGCCUUGAACAGCUGAUGGACGGAGCAUUAAUAACAUGGAUUCGUUCCUUUGAACAGACAUAUAAUUUAGAAUAUGGGACACUUUAUACUACCAGGGACCUGCGCAAAGAGUACAUGCAACUUUCAGAAGGGGACAUGCUGCACUUCAUUAUGAGUAUGAUUGACCCACGUCCAUAUCACGGAGAGCGAGACCUGCACAGCCUGAGAAAAAGACUCCGAGCCUAUUACCAGGAUGGACUUCAACAACUGAUCUUAAUGCCACUGCCUGACUCAACCUUAAUAUCCCAGGAUCAAAUCACAGUGUGCUCUGUGCAAGAGAUGGAAAAACUUUUAUCACUGAUGUUGGGAGCAGCGGUUCAGUGUGAAAGACGUGAACAAAUUAUCACAGGGAUCCGGAACCUGACCCUUGACUCCCAGAUCAAUUUGGCAGAGAAAAUACAAGAGAUGACUCAGGACACACAGAAGAUAAUAGCUAUUCCUGGUCCUGAGCUUUGUCAUCUUCCCCACUCUGACCUUCAGGAGGCUGUUCACAUGCUAAGUACCCACCUGAGAGACACUCUAAGGCAAAGGGAUGAUGCCCAGGAGCGACUGUCUCUCUUACGCUGUGAACAGCAGAGCAACACCACUGCACCUGGAGACCCGGUGAUCAGAGGGAUGCACCCCAGUAAGACAUCUGAUCCCCAUAACUGGAAGAAUCGCUCAUUGCACGUUGCUGAUUUACAGAGUAAAUUACGCCGCGCACGCCAAGAACUAGAAGAAAAGGGGGAGGAGUUACUUGAUAACCAGCAGCAUGUGGAGAUGCUGGAGGCGGAGCUAAGAAAACUUCAUCAACAGGUUAGAGAGCUGUCUGCAAUGGCAGCACUUUCUCGAGGAUACCGGGAUGAACUGGAUGCUCUACGAGAGCGGUCCCGGCGUGCAGAGGCCCAAGUGAAUGCUCUCAAUGAAAAAUUACGCACCAUGGAGAUCUUCCAGCGUUCUCUGCAGGAAGAGAAAGAGUUCUCAAGGGCAUUGCUGGAGGAUAAAGAGGUGUUAGAGCAUCAACUUGCAGCAGAGAGAGAGAGGUCCGAGAAACUGCGUUUGUGUGAAAAAGAAAAACAUUCUUUGGAGGAAAGAAUACAGAGACUAGAAAUGGAGAGGGAUUCUGAGUGCCAAAGAGUCCAAUUUCUUCUCCAUGAUAAUCUCACUUUGGCCGAGGAGGUAAGGGUACUGAGGGAAGAGACACAACGGGGAUGGGAGAGAGUGUAUGAGAGCCAUGGAGAUACCGUGCCAGUCUGGGAAAGAGAACAGGACGGUGAGGCAGACCAAAGCUGGGAGAGAAUGCAAGAAGCAGAUCCUGACUUUUUGGACCUCAAUUCAGAGCUGUCACAGGCACUACUGCGUUUGGAGAAAGAAAAUCAGAACUUGCGAGAAAGACUUCAGGGUCUGUCAGGAGAGACUCCGGAUCCCAAGAACAAAGGGCAACAUGUCCAGACAGAAGGAGAGCAAGGUGGGGAGACACAGCUGCAGAUAAGGUCACCAGACUUCUGUGUCAGGGAGGAGCCAGAUGGAGGCAGCUUGGGAGAAAGAGAUCGUCAAGUAGAAGGGAAUAGAAAGAUACAUGAGAAAGUUGAAAAAGAACAGUCACAAAGUACAGAAUGUGAAGGAACUGAUGAGAAGAAUGGUUCACUUAGGAAACUAGAAGGAAGUGUUGAGGGCAUGCAGCCCAGGCAGCUAGAAGAGAUCCCUUCUGAGAAGCAGUCAGAGGAGGCUAAGCUCAAAGGCACUGAUAAACAAUCACUCAACAAAGUGUGCCAAGCUAGUGUUGACAAGGGGAAACCAGCCAGCGGAAAUGUGGAUAGAAAUUCAAAAGUGCAAAUCAUGACAGUGCAUUUGGAAGAAAGUCCUCUAGAACAGAAGUCAUGUGACAGUUAUUGGCAAGAAAAAGUCUCUUGUGAGACAGAAGCAUUAAAGAGACAGCUGGAAGAGAGUGCUCUAGAGAUUGACUCAUUGAAAAGACAGCUGAAAGAGAAGCAAGACGAGGCUCAAAACCAGCAGAACCAACUUUCUGAAAGCACAACGGAGAAAAAUGCCCUACAGAGAAAGCUGCAAGGUAAUGCAGAAGAAAUCCUGUCUCUCCAAAAACAGCUGGACAAGAGCAUCAAAGAAUGUCACCUCUUGAAAGAAGAACUUCAAGGUAUGGUGAAGGAAUCACUUAAAAUGCAGCAUCAUGAUGGUAAUGAGGAAAUGCAAACACAGAAGAGAAAGGUAGAGGAAAGUUCUGAAGAAAUUCUGUCCCUUCAAAGACAACUGCAAGAUAUUGUUAAAAAAGAGGAGUUGUUGCAAAAACAACUUGAGAUCAGUGAUAAAAUGGUAGAGACACAACAUAGAAAUUUGGCUGAGAGAUCUGAAGAAAUAAGGUUAUUAAAGACAAAACUAGAUGAUACAGAGCAGUCAUAUCACCACCAGAUGGCAGACAGUGCUAAAGAGUUAAAAUCACUGAAGGAUGAACUAAAGUCCUACCAAGAACAGGAACACAUGCUCAACAGACAACUUCAAGAAAUCACUGGAGAGGUACAGUCCCUGAAAAGACAACUUGAGGAGACUGAAAAAGAAAAACAGUGUCAACAAAGACACCUUCAAGAAAGUGUUCUGGAAGCAGAAGAACUACAGAAACAGUUGCUGAAGGCAUUAGAGUCAAAAGAACUGGAGACUCAGCUGAAAGAAAGUGCUAAAGAAAUACAGUCAUUAGGAAAGCAGUUAAAAGAGAGCAGAGAUGCCGAGGCACUGAGGAGACAGCUACAGGAGAGAGAGGAGCAGUCAUUUAAGAAACAGCUUCAAGACAAUGCAGAGAAGAUACAGUCAUUAAAAAAUCAACUAAAUGAAAGUACAGCAGAGAAUAUUUCACAUGAGAUGCAGUUGACAGAACGAGAAUGCUUGGAGAAGUCACUUAAGGGACAGUUAGAAGAGAGAAAUGUAGACAUUAACUCACUUCAAAAGCAACUAGAGAAGAAAACUGAAGAAGAGAAGUCACUAAAGAGAAGGCUUGAAGAGAAUGAAAGAGAGAAACAAGUACAGCAAAUUCAUCUAGAGUCAAACCUUAAGGAAGUUCAGUCAUUGAAGAAACAGCUAAAGAAGUCUGAUAAUGACCAGAUGAAAUAUUCUGCUGAACAACUAGACUCUCUUAAGAAUCAGAUAGAAGAAAGGGAAAAAAUGGAGCAGUUGUUAAAGAGAGAGUGGCAAGUGAGUGCUGAAGAAGUGCAGGUGUUAAAGCAACAGUUGAAUGACAAACAGGAGAAUCUUGAGGAAAAAGAGUCAUUACUGAGACAGCUGCUGCAAACAAAUGAUUCAAUGAAGAGACAACUGGAUGAAAAAUCUAAACACGUAGAAGAUCUCACUAUACAAUUUCAAGUGAAUAGUGAAAAGGAAGGCACUUUACAAAAAAACCUUAAAGAUUGCGAGGAAGAAAUUCAGACACUAAAAUGGAAGCUAACGGAUUCCAAUAAUGAGCUACAAUCACAGAAAAUCAUGCUGGAAAGAAACAAGGAAACAGAGGAUUCAUUAAAGAGAAAAUUAGUGGAGCGUUCAGAUGAAAUACAAUCAUUGAAGAGGCACUUGGAGGAGGCAAAGGGACAGUACCAGAAGAAACAAGAGUACACAGAUAUGAAGGAUUCGCCUCAGGGACAGGCUAAUGACCUAGGAGAGCUGCAUACAUUAAAGAGACAGUUGCAAGAGAGCACUGAAGAAAUGCAGUCCCUAAUGAGGCAACUGGAAGAGAGUGCAGCAGAGAUACAGACUGUAAAGAGGCAGUUUCAAGAAAGUGCAGAGAAAAUACAGUUGCAGAAAAGACAAUUGGAGGAUAGUGUGGGUGAGAGCCUGUCCCUUAAGAGACAAUUGGAAGAAAGAGUAGGAAGGGAGCAGUCGCUGAAGAGACAGCUGGAUGAAUGCACUGCCAAAGUGCAACUACUCAAAACUCAGCUACAAGAACAUGUUGAAGAAAAAACUCUAUGGAAGAAUCAGUUGGAAGAGAAAGAAAAAAAGAUGAUAUAUCUAAAGCGGCAGCUGGAUGAGAGAACAAAAGAUUCACAUGAAAGAGAGUCAUGCAAGAGUGCGGAGAUCCAGUUAUUAAAGAAAGAAUUGGAAGAAAGCAAAGAGACAUUAAAAGCACAGUCUUUUAAAGGAGAACUUCAAGAAAGCAAUAAUAAAAUAGAAACUUUACAGAGACAGUUACAAGAAAGAGAAGAUGAAAUUGAAACACUGGAAAGAAAGCUCCAAGAGAGUGCAGAUGAGGUAGAACUACAGAAGAAGCAACUAGCUGAAAGUUUGUUGAAGGAACAGGCACUGACAAGACACCUGAAGGACAAAGAAGGCUAUGAGCUUAUACUUAAGAGACAGGUAGAAGGGGCUACUCAGUGGGCAGAAGACCUGCAGACACAACUGAAUCAUAAUAGCACUGCAAAAGUCUCCUCUCGCAAGAGACAGCUGCCAGAGAGCACUGGAGAAGGAGCUUCACACAAGAAACAGAUGGAAGGAGCCAAAGCAGAGUGUCUGUCCCCACUAACUCCACAGAGUGAAGGAGAAACACCAUUACCAACUGAGAAGCUACAAAUUAAGGUUCAAGAAAUAACUUCCCAAACAAAAAAGCCAGAUGGACAUGAGCAUGAGCAAUCAUUUCAGGGGCAAAUAGAAAACAAAACAACUCCAAUAAUUCCCUCUAAUUCAACCCCCAUUACCAAUGACUGUACUGAAUCACAAAACAACUCACCAAUGCUUUCUAUAGCCAAAGCGGAUGCCAUUUCUUUAUCUACAUCUGUUCAUACCUGUCCCAUUUCCCAGUCUAGUUUGCUUUCCCUCCCUUCCGGUACUCCAACAUCUACACCAGCUUCAUCCCCACUUCGUGUUUUAACCCCAAACUCAUUGCCCUUCCCUUUAGCUAAGCCCUUGCCAUUACAUGUCUCUCUCUCUACCUCUGUCCCUGAAUCUUGCCCACCCCCCUUGAGCUCUCAACCUGCCCCACUGGCAGUCACAGCAGCUCACUCUGAACCUGCCACUGUAUCUUCAAUACCACCCACGCUUUCAUCCCAAGCUGUACCACAUCCCACACCUUCUUUUCCCUCUAUAUCAUCGCUCCUUCCCAGUCCUGAAACCACACUGUCCUUGCUGGUACUGGAGCUGCAGGGUGUACGAAGAGAACGGGCAGAAAUACAGGGACGGUAUGAUUCCUUACUUAAGGACCUGCAGAGACAAGAGGGAGAUUUAGAGAGAGCCCAGAGAGAACUAAGGCGUAACAGGAGUGCACUGAGAAUCCUUAGACAGGAACAUCAAGAGCUUCAGGAGAGGUUUUCUCAGUUGUCUGUGCAGGGAGAGCAAACGCAACAAGAACUUAAAAGAAAAGUGCAGGAGCAAGAGGGGACAAUACAUGAAUCGCAAUUAGAAAACCAAAAUCUGCAGGAAGAACAGCAUAGACUGAAAGAAGAGCUGUCUCACCUGGACAAGACCUUAGAGGAGAGAUCUUUAGAUCUCCGGGAGAUGAAGAAGCAGCUAGGAACAGAGCAUAGAGAGAAAGAUCAGCUGGAGCGAGAGCGUGGCGAGUUGCGAGAGCAAGUACAGCGCUUGGAGAUCAGCAACACGGCACUCACAGAACAAUGUCAGGUUUUAUCCCAGGUAAAGCUUACCAUUCAGGACCAAAACAAUCUCCUGCUGUCACAGAUACACAGUCUCAGCCGUGAUAACAGAGAGCUGUUAGAGCGCAGCUUGCAGAGUGGGGAGCUGAGACAGGAGGAGGAGAGACGCUACAGGGAGAAACUGACAGAACUGAAACAUGAAAAACAGAAACUACUAGAUAAAAUCAUGGAUCAGUACAGAGUUUUGGAACCAGCACCAGUUCCACACAGCCGGAAAAGCAAUUGGAUAACAGAUAAGAUGAAGCGACUACUUAGAGCAAAAGACAGAGCCCCAAGAGGACCAGGGGAUUCCCGCAUCCUCACCCCCUCUGCUGAACCACCAUUGGACCCAGAGAAAACCACUAAAAGUACAGUUACGCUUCGUCGUAGCAGAAGCUCGGUCACACCUUCCAGUCCUAUUCCCCUAGGCUCUCCUAUUCGGGCACGUCAUGCAAAAUUGAGCUCGACUAUUCGUAGCAGCGAAUCAUUUAACAGUCAUGAUACCACCCCCAGGGAGAAAUUCCGAUUGAGGCGCAGGGGGCAGGUCCAUGAAAGUGAUGGGGAGGAGCCUGUAGGUGGAGAGAUAGAAUGAACCAACUACAACACUUGAAGGGCGCUGGCCGCUGUAGAGAUUACCCACUGUUUAAUAGCUAUAUAUAUUCUGCUAACUUUGUUUACUGUAAAUUAAAUAAAAAAAUAAACAAUCA